CUGGAGGCGCGGAAGAUACCCCUUGCACCAGACCUGGAGAAAUAGCCCCCGGGCCCGGCCGGAGGAGCCUUGGUAGAGAGAAAGGAAAUCCAGGCUCCGCUUUCCAUGAAGCCACUGCCGCAGCUGGCAGCGGGGAAGGCGCCCACAGAACGGGCUCGCCCAGCGGGACGCCGGAGUCUCAGCGAGGGCCCCCAGGCGCCUGCUGAGCUCCGCAGGCAGAGUUUACAAGUGACCGAGACCCCUCAGGUGGCAGCCCUGAGCCCUGAUGCUUGACUGGAUGGAGGCCCUCCAGCUUCUGUUCCCACAAGGCAGGCAUGCCGAGCUUGGUCCCCAGGUGGGGAAGAGGCCAGAAAUAAGGCCCUCAGUGAAAUAAUCUAGCUCCGACACACCUGAGGACCCGAGAAAGGGCGAGACGUGAACCACGGUUGUUUGUAACCCUCGGAAUUAUCUGUCAAUUGCUAUUUUCAAAGUCGUUUUGGGACUCUCUGAAAUGAAGAGCAAGAUGUAGAAAAAUGGGACCAACUCCUGGGUGUCGUGAGCCUCAAAACUCGUUUCUUGGUCCAAAGAAGUUCGGUUUGACUUUGGGAGGGCUGGUGAGCCCGGUCCUUUUUUCAUUUGACCUCAGCCAAAAACAGGACUUGCUGGACUCUGGCCUUGACAGUCACCUUUGCAGAGAGAAUAAGACUGAGGACCUCCAGGGGUCCAUCACUAAGGGCAGCUUGGGAGACUAAGCCCCUUUCUCUCCCCCAAGCUCCUCAGCCACACCCCUGUGAGCCAGUCCGGAAUGAUCCUGCUAUGGCCAAGCUCUGGUUCAAAUUCCAGCGGUACUUCCGCCGGAAACCUGUGCGCUUCUUUACCUUCCUGGCACUCUACCUGACAGCCGGGAGCCUCGUCUUCCUUCACUCUGGCUUCGUGGGCCAGCCUGCAGUCUCCCAGAAUCAGGCCAACCCCGCUGCUGCAGGGGGCCCAGCCGAGGGUGCAGAGCUGCCCUUCUUGGGUGACAUGCAUCUGGGCAGAGGCUUCCGAGAUGCAGGAGAAGUCUCGAGCAUCGCCCGCAGGUAUGGACCCUGGUUCAAGGGCAAGGAUGGCAACGAGAGAGCAAAGCUGGGCGACUAUGGAGGAACCUGGAGCCGCGCCCUCAAGGGAAGGGUCGUCCGAGAGAAGGAGGAAGAAAGAGCCAAAUACAUCGGCUGCUACCUGGAUGACACCCAGAGUCGAGCCCUGCGAGGCGUGUCCUUUUUCGACUACAAAAAGAUGACCAUCUUCCGUUGCCAGGACAACUGUGCUGAACGGGGUUACCUGUACGCGGGGCUGGAGUUCGGCGCUGAAUGCUACUGUGGCCACAAGAUCCAGGCGGCAAACGUGAGCGAGGCGGAGUGCGACAUGGAGUGCAAGGGCGAGCGGGGCAGCGUGUGCGGCAGUGCCAACCGCCUCUCCGUCUACCGGCUGCAGCUGGCCCAGGAGUCGGCCCGCAGGUAUGGAAGUGCAGUGUUCCGAGGCUGCUUCCGCAGACCUGUCAACCUCUCCCUGGCCUUGCCUGUGACAGCCGCCAUGCUGAACAUGUCAGUGGAUAAGUGCGUGGACCUCUGCACAGAGAAGGAGUACCCGCUGGCAGCUCUCGCGGGCACCGCCUGCCACUGUGGGUUCCCUACCACCAGAUUCCCCCUCCACGACAGAGAAGACGAGCAGCUCUGUGCCCAGAAGUGCAGUGCAGAGGAGUUUGAGAGCUGCGGGACUCCUAGUUACUUCAUCGUGUACCAGACCCAGGUCCAAGACAACCGCUGCAUGGACAGAAGGUUCCUGCCAGCCAAGUCCAAGCAGCUCAUCGCUCUGGCCAGCUUCCCAGGCGCUGGCAACACGUGGGCUCGCCACCUUAUCGAGCUGGCGACUGGCUUCUACACCGGCAGCUACUACUUUGAUGGCUCCCUCUACAACAAAGGGUUUAAAGGUGAGCGGGACCACUGGCGCAGCGGGAGGACCAUCUGCAUCAAGACUCACGAGAGUGGCCAGAAGGAGAUCGAGGCCUUCGAUGCUGCCAUCCUGCUCAUCCGUAACCCUUACAAGGCUCUUAUGGCGGAGUUCAACCGAAAGUAUGGCGGGCACAUCGGCUUCGCGGCUCAUGCCCACUGGAAGGGCAAAGAGUGGCCGGAGUUUGUGAGGAACUAUGCCCCGUGGUGGGCCACUCACACACUGGACUGGCUCAAGUUUGGCAAGAAGGUGCUAGUGGUGCACUUCGAGGACCUGAAGCAGGACCUCUUUGUCCAGCUGGGCCGGAUGGUCAGCCUGCUGGGUGUGGCCGUCAGGGAGGACCGGCUGCUCUGCGUGGAGAGCCAGAAGGACGGCAACUUCAAGCGUUCAGGGCUCCGGAAGCUCGAGUACAACCCCUACACAGCAGACAUGCAGAAGGCCAUCUCUGCCUACAUCAAGAUGGUGGACGCGGCCCUCAAAGGGAGGAACCUCACGGGUGGUCCUUUAGACACCAACAGCUAA